AUGGCGACAGGCAUCUUCGUCUCAGUCAUCGCCAUCUUCAGCACAAAAACAACAGCCCUUCAACAUAACCUUGGCCAGCUCAACUUCGACCUCGACUUCUCCAACAUAGUCGACGUCAAUGACCCCAUACCCAGUAUCCCCAGUGGAGUAGGGACAGACAAACUCAACUUCACAAAGAGCCACCACCCCCACGUAAACAUCACCAAGUCCCAACGUCCGCCUGACCUGCGUCCGAUCCCGCUGGUGGUUACCAACAACUGCGAUGAGACUAUUUGGCCGGGAUUGGCAACACAGAACGGUCUGGGUCCGACAGUAGGAGGGUUUGAGCUGGCGCCAGGGAAGUCGAAGAAAUUGUACGUCAGUGCGGAUUGGCAGGGCCGCGUGUGGGGGAGGACGAACUGCAGUUUCAACGACGAUGGGAGUGGACCGAGGGUUAAGGGGGGUUUGGAUGGGAAUGGGAAGGCGUGCUUGACGGGGGAUUGUAACGGGCGGGUGGACUGUCGUGGGCCAGGCCAAGUUCCGGCCACUUUGGCCGAGUUCAACCUCCUCGGUGGCAUCAACAACCGGCAAACAUUCUAUGACAUUUCCCUCGUCGACGGUUACAACCUGCCGAUUGGCCUGAACUACCUUCCAGCGCCGAACACAACAUGGCUCCCAUCACGUCUGACCAACUGUGCUUGUAUCGCCUCACCAGGCUAUCUCUCCGACCCCCCUACCUCCCCUCCUCUCCCAUCUUUCAAUACAUCUUCUAGCCCGACCUCAACUCCGGAACAGCCCCCCUACGAAUCAACCCAAACAAACCCUAGCCUGGCCACCUGGUGCCCCUGGCCCCUUCAACUCAACCCGCCAACCACCCCGCCAGACGAAGUCUAUCCCUAUCCUGAAACCGAUAGCCUUCAACGACCGGCCUUCGACCCCUGUCUCUCAGCAUGCAGCGCAACGCGCUCCGAAAAGGAUUGCUGCGUAGGACCGCAAUACGGUAGCCCGGAAACAUGCAAACCAGGCCAGUAUAGUAUCGCAGCAAAGAAGGUGUGUCCAGACGCGUACAGCUACGCGUACGAUGACCGUGAGAGUACGUUUGUCGUACCUGCUGGCGGCGGGUGGGAGGUGAAGUUUUGUCCGAGGGGAGGAAGGAGCACAAGGAUCUUAGAGGUUUGGGGCAGUGAGAUGAGGAAGAUGGCGGCUAUUGCGGCUGGGGCAGAUCCAAACAGUGUUGACGGGGGGUUGAAGGGCAAUGUUGGGGUUGGUUGGGGAGGAUGGAGGGCGUUUGUGGGAUGGCAGAGUCAUGCUGGCAGGGGGGCGGUUGCAUGGGGUAUGGUAAUUGGGUUUGUCGGUAUUGUGGUUGUGUUGUUGGUAUGA